CAUAAAAUAAUUGACGAAACUGGAAUUUUUAUAUAAAAUAGAUAUAUACGACAGAGAUCGCUUUUAUACUUUCGUUCCCACUCGUUUGUUUUGUUCUGAAGAACAAUAACGUAUUUCUUGGUGUAUGGUACAUAGUUAUUUAUUUUUUCAGGGUAUCAGAGACUUUUCCAAAAUAGGCCACUACGACAGGACGGUGCUUAUGGCCCUACAAGCAGCUGAAACCCCCGUGAGGUACGGUUUGUCCGAGUGGGAGCGCUUGGUCAUAUACAAGACCCCACAAAGCUUCGAAGAUGACGACUUGCCCAAAGAUCCUCGUCAGUGGACCCGCGACGACGUCGCCCAAUGGCUCAGGCACGUCACCUCCCUGCACAAACUACCGGAAGUGCCCCCCUCCAGGUUCCUGAUGAACGGGAAAGCGCUGUGCCUGAUGUCCCCCAGCAUGUUCCUGAGCAGGGUACCUCUUGGAGGCAAGCUCCUCUACAAAGACUUUCAGCUGAGAUUGUGCGCUGCGAUGUACUCCAGAACUUAAAAUAAUAAGUGACAAAGUGGGUCAUAAUUUUUGGGGAGCGGUGUAUCUAGGGUGUAUAAGCUGCGCGACAGUGUUUAGAACUGGGAAGUUACCAAAUUUAAGUAUUAUGUUUCUACCACGUCACGACAGUUCGGUUGGUUCCUACAAUAGAGAUAAGAAAAAAAAUAAAUAAAACUUCACCUUAGUCUCCAUCUACCUCAUUUCCGUUAGUUUUUGUAUGGCAGCGUUGGUUCUGGGAUGGUGAAUAGUAUUAGCGAUACCAAAUGUGUGGUACGAAGUAGAAAGUUGGACUGAGCGUUGUUUUUGUAAUAUAUGUUUUGAUUUUGUAUAUUUUCCUGCUAGUCAUGUAAAUAAAUAAUUGUGUAAUUAAAAGAGCUAUUACGAA